CUAUCACCAUGGGAACCGAGAACAAAGAUAUCGCUUUGAGGCGUGAUUCGGCAGUGAUCGUGGUUAAAGUGCCCGGAGGCAUAGUGUUCAAGAGGAGUACGUCGAUGUAUCUGAACGUCGUAGCCCCACACAAGCCUAUCCGGCCUACUCUCGUGGAAGAAGACGAGGAGGAUAUCAUGCCCGAAGGUUCCAAGUUCACUCUGUACGGCGACGAUGACUACGUCCCUUCCGAGCGCAUCCAGGAACUCCUCAACAGUGUAACCGACAUCAAACAUCGGGCACACAAAGUCUUCUCCGAGAUGGACGUGCUCAAGAAACGGGGAGAGUAGAGAGAAGUAGCGAGAUGGGUCAAGUACGAGGAGAAGAUGGAGGAUGGGGGAGAACGCUGAUGCAAGCCCUAUGUGGCAUCAUUAUCCAUGCACCAUCUUGUUGAAAUUAGGAGGCAGUUGAUGGACAGCGUCAUGCACCUCGAUACCGAGGCCUACUCCAUCUCGCAAGUCGUCUAAAAGUUUCUCGACGAGUGGAUAAAACUAGGUCAGCUUGACCCACUUCUCCGUCAACAACUGCGGACGUUACUGCUAAAGCAACAUCGACAUGGCGCCGAGAAGGGAGAGAAGAAGAAGAUCAGGGGCGACAUGAACCGAGCA